AUGUCGGUCUUUUGCUUAAACCUUCUGGAUCGACAUGUGUUGCCAGAUCAAAUGAUCGCGCACUUGAGUACCGGUAGUCAUUUCAAGACCUACGAAUCAGAACGAACGGCAAGCUUUAGUACCAACUGUAAUGUUCUCAACAUGCUUGUCAAUAGCCCUCAACCUCUCAAGUAUCUGGAUUCGAUUGCGGAAGCAGCUAAAUACGUUGAGCAAUGCUGGUCUGAGGACUCGAUUAAAGACAAAUGGGCAUUGAAGAUUCCUGCUAUGCAUUUGAGUUGGAGCUAACAUCGACAGAAUCUAUCACCAUAUUACUCGAUGAUGCUCAUGGAUCAGGCUUUGACUGGUCUUUUGCGUCUUUCUGGCUUUCAAAUUGCCACCAGUUCCUUGAGCGUUGCGAUCCUUCUUGAAAAGACACCCAAGCUGUUGACGCAAGUACUUUGGAGAACAUUGACAAAAAAAAAAUCCAGAUGAUUCAUGGGGUCAGUGUAGAUUCCCGAAAAGGCUGCGUAUGGCGUUUUGACUCUCAUGGCUUUGCAAGAUUUUCCUUGGAUGAAUAAAUUGAAGACCCAAGUUCAAAGAUCUAUAGGAAAGGGAAGAGGGUUUCUGGGGGUUUCAGGGCCAAAAUGGGCUCAUGCCCAGUAUCUCUGGGUUGAAAAGGUUACUUAUGGUUCUCCCAUUUUGUCUAUGAGCUAUUGCCUGGCUGCUAUGUACACUAAGAAAGAAGAGUCGUGCUGGGGAAAAUGUGCCAGCUUUACUACAAUGGCCGUCGACGAACAGGCGAUAUUGGACAUCGUUCACUUUCAGUACAGACUCCCGGGGCUUUCGAAUGAGCCUCAAUGGAAUAUAGAAGCAGCACUCACCGAGAGUUAUUUUAUUCUUCCAGAGCUGCGGAAUUCACGUCUGGUGAUGUUUCCUCGGCAUGAGGUUAGAGAAAACAAAAUCCUAAAAUUCAUCGCUUUUGUUUGGAUCACAGCUCGAAAUAUCUCUCUUCCAGAAAGACUAUUCUUCAAUCUACUACUUUGGCGCGGAAUGCAUGUCUCAAUGCUUACUGUCCAGAUUGAUGCGUAUAUGGAGAGCUUUGUAGAGAAAUUCUAAAACGAGCUCCAGCAGAUACGGAUACUCAUAACCAAUUCUUGCGCUCAUCCUAUGGCUAAAGGCCAGAAAGAUACUCCAUGGACUGCGGACAACAGGAUCGGAGGACGUGAUUGUGGUUCAAAAGCUGACGAAGCACCUCGACCUUCCCCAUAA